AUGAAGAGGAGCUUGGCUGACACUUCGAUUCGCAGCACAGCAGGUUGUCUGCCUGUACCUCUAUUCAACCAGAAAAAAAGAAACAGGCAGCCCCUCACUUCAAAUCCACUUGAAAAUAAGACAGGUACCAGUUCUGGGACUCAUAAUUAUGACUUUUCUCCCACAUCAUUUGGCUGGGGAACUGCAGACACAGAAGUGGAUGAACUACAGAAAAUAGCAAACAAUGGGUAUGCUUGGAACAGAAAUGAGUAUACUCCUUUAGGUAACACAACGGAAUCAAGAUCUGAUAGUGGAAUUAUUCGAAAGUUUGAGAGCCUUUCAAAUAGUUUGAAAACUGUUCAGCAGCAAAAAAACCCUGAUAACCGUAAUUCAUCUCAGCGUGUCAAAACAACAGAAACCAGCCAAGCAUAUACAUCUAAAGGACAAUGGCCAAUGAAACCUAACACUUUUUCAAGAAGUCUGCAGGAUCAUAGUCUGGCGCAUAAGUUUAACCACAAUAUUCAGCAAAAUAAAAUGAAUGAAAAACAAUCUGAUUGUGUUCCAGAAGACAAAAGUCAGGAAUUUUCAUCAUCUCAAUUAAAAAUUAAAGAAAAAAAGAAUUCUUUGCGAAUUUUAUCUGCAGUCAUUGAAAGUAUGAGGCACUGGAGUCAAUAUGCUAAUAAAACUCCACUAUUAUUUGAAGUUUUAGGCACACUUGAUUCUGCAGUCACACCUGGACCAUAUGGGGCAAAGAAUUUUCUUUUGAGAGAUGGCAAGGAGACUCUGCCUUGUGUAUUUUAUGAAAUUGACCGGGAGCUUCCAAGACUAAUUAGAGGUCGAGUACACAGGUGCAUGGGAAACUAUGAUGCAAAAAGGAACAUUUUCAAGUGCGUCUCUGUAAGACCAGCAACUAUUCAAGAACAAAACACUUUCCAAGAUUUUGUUAAAAUUGCAGAUAUUGAGAUGACAGCAUAUGUGAAAAAAAUUAAUGAAACUUAA